GAUGAGGAGGCCACUUACACCGGCGGGGCUACUGUGUCCACCUGUUAUAUUGUGCAUAUUGUAUAAUUAGGGACCUCCGUUUCAAUUUGACAUGCUAUUAACUCUGCCUGUUCCUGUGUCUUGACCAUACGCUCCUCCAUUUCUCACCGUGCUAGGUCGUCUCGUUCCUUCUAGUAGACUCGACCUCGAAAUUGAAAGCCAACGGGAACAAUAGGAACAAUAGGGACAGUAGGAUAUACUAGCACAAUGGCGAGAUCUCUGGAAGGAAAGCUCGGUAUUGUGACCGGUGGAUCUCGAGGCAUCGGUGCCGCCAUCGCCGAGAACCUCGCCUCGAAGGGCUGCAAUGUGGUGAUCAACUACACCUCGGCCUCCUCGACCGAGCUCGCAGCCUCCCUCGCCGCCCAGCUCUCCUCAGCCCACAACGUCCGCGUGGUACCCGUCCAAGCCGACGUCGGCACGCCCGCAGGUGCCGCCACCCUCAUCUCGGCGGCGAAGGAGAGCUUCGCCGGCGCCGACUCCCGCUUCCAGAUCGACAUCCUCAUCAACAACGCCGGCAUCGCCAUCAACGGCACCAUCUCGCAGGUGAAGGUGGAGGACUUCGAGGCGAGCUACCGGGUCAACGUGCUGGGCCCGCUGCUGGUGGUGCAGGCGGCGCAGCCGUACCUGCCGACGGACCGGUCGGGCCGCAUCAUCAACCUCAGCUCGGUGUCGUCGUCGACCGGGUUCGUGACGCAGUCGGUCUACGGCGGCACCAAGGCGGCGGUCGAGGCCAUGACGCGCUCGUGGGCGCGCGAGCUGGCCGCCAACGCCACCGUCAACUCGGUCAACCCGGGCCCCGUCGAGGGCCCCAUGUACGCGGCCAACCCGCCCGAGUUCAUGGAGGGCAUCGCCGGCUGGGUGCUGCACACGCCGCUGAUGAAGGCGCGGGAGGGCAUUGACAGCCCCGAGGUGGUCAAGGACGCGAAGGAGAGCGGCGGCCGGCCUGCUUACACCAAGGAGGUGGCCGGUAUCGUGGGCAUGCUGUGCGGUGAGGAGGCCGGGUGGUGUACCGGGCAGGUGGUGAGCGCCAAUGGCGGGAUGAUUAUGCAGUAGACGGGAUAUUCAUAGAGUACCUUACCUAGAUUAGAAGGACUGGGUUUUUCUCUUGCUAGUUUCAUAGAGCGCCGCUUAGCCGGGCUUCUCUCAGUCGGACAACCCUUGCUGGGCAACGGUUGCCAUUAGAAAUCCGACUUGUCAAACCACCGUUCAUCCCAAUGCCUCGCUACUGUACUUCGGUACCUAGCCCUGCCACUACCGAACGCGUGGAGGAGAGCCCGCCUGUUCCGCCAUCGCCGGGGUGCGGGGAUCCUGAAUUUUAGCCCCGC